AUGCCUGGGGAAAAGCGCAACGGGUGGAGCGACGUAGAAGUCAUGCAGCUCGCCUGGACGCGGCACGACAUAGACGAGGACGUGCGGGCCCAGACCCGCCUCCAAGGCCAGAACCGAGACGUGACGGUCUGGCUUGAGCUCAAGCGCCGUCACCCGAACUUUCGCCACAAGUUUUCCGCGCCGUCGCGCAAGGGGCGUCCCCCCGAAAUCCUGUUUUAUUACAACAUUUACGAUCGCAUCUUCGGCGAUUGCGCAAAUGCUGUGCCUCCCGCGCUCGCUGGUAGACUUCCCGGCGCCAAUGUCAUCCGUACUCCGCCUGCUACGCUCGCCAUUACCGAACCUGGUCCGGGGACCGAGGCCUUCGGGGCAGGCUCCCAGCCCGUGGCAUCUGCGGCGCCAUCCUCGCCAUCUCCUGUGCCAGAGCUGAUGUCUCAGCCGUCGUCUCUGCCCACCACGCCUUCGCGCCACACUUCGCCUACUGCGGCGGGCGCCUCUCCGCCUCUCUCACGUAGAGCCGGGGCGAGAGCGGGUCUGUCGCUGCGCGGGAACCGCGUCGUCCGCUGGCCGAGGGCACGGGGACAUAUGGGGGUAUGCCCGUAA